ACUAACAUAAAUCUACAAGAGCUUUUAAGACUGUUUCUUCGAAGCAACGGAGAUAUGAAAUGGACAUCCUAAUGUUAACUAUUAUUACUUUAUUUUGAAAUUAUCGCCUCUGUUGCGUGCAGCCGUUGCCCAUGGAAACAGUUCAAAUAUAAAUUACAAUUCGUGGAAUUUAUUCUUUUUUAGGUUUUUAUUUCCUGCAACAAAAAAAAGAAAUGCGGAUAUAGCGUUGUGUUAUUUAACAUUAGUUGCCCCUUUUUCAUGAUUAACCUGCUUGUCUUUGACGUCGUUGAAGGAGCAGGGUUGCACAACAGUCCUGAACAAACAACAAGAGACCCUGCACUGACUGAAAACUCCCAGCAUUCAAAGUGACUCAUCCUGAUGUGCAGGAGGUUGAAAUGCUGCUGGUGUUGGUGUCCCUGCUCGGCUGCGUCCCUGCAGCCAAGGCCUGUCUGCAGUGUGACCGCAAGAUCAGGCUCCUAUUCGAGGACUUAAUCCUGUCUGCUCCCACUAUGGUCGACCAGAUUGAAAUCAAAAAGAUUCGUGACCAUGCCUAUGUGACCUACAGGGAGACCAGCCGGGAACGAAAGGGAGUCGUUGAUCCCACCACUCUGUACAGAGCCAGAACUGAGUACCAGAGUGAAUUUGAUCGCUUCUUGAAAACCCAGCAUACUGGAUCUGCAACAUUUGAAGCCAUUCAGAUCAUGGAGAAGGGCAGGAAGAUCUUAGAGAAACACUUGGACACAUUCAUCCAUGACGGAUUGUGCCCUAACAAGUGUGGGCUUUUGAAACGAAGAGUAAUGGAUUGCUUCUCUUGCCGCUAUAAGAUAUACAUCUGUCCCUCUCCCUCUGGUCAGCAGGAUUGUGGUGAGCACCCAGUGCCGGUUGAGGAGGGAGGCCAGGCAGUGUUGAACUGUUUCCUCCCAUGGCAUCCCCUUCUGAUGGAAAGACCAGAAUACCACUACUCAUGGGCCCCUGGUGUGCCAGGAACUAAAAAGAUGAAUGAGAGUGACUUCAAAGUCUUGGUAGUGACAGACGAUUCAUCUGUGGUCUUAAAUCAGCUGCAUGUGGAUGAACAGGGAACGUAUCGCUGCUCUCUGCAGGGCCGAAACGGAGGAACCGUUUUCUACCGAGUCACUUUCCUACUCACUGUUGCCCCUUUCCCUGACCAAACUCACCGACCCAUCAUCACUCUGCCGCCCCUGCCUGAUGGAGACAACUACUCACCUUUUCAACCCACCGAGGGCCUGCUGGUGCCAGUGAUCGCCAUGGUUACUGCUUUGAGUCUGGCAGCGAGCGUAGGCCUCACAGUUGUCCUGGGACUGAUGAUAAUACAGAGGAGAGCCACGAAGAAGCCAAGAAAAAGGAAAGAGGAAAAAACCACACAAAGCAUGGUGUAAUGAAGAUACUGUGUACAGUAAAUAGACACAGGGAAGUUUUACAUUGCUCUCAGUAAUGUAAUAAAUUUUCCUAGCACAAAGUGCCAAGUCAUGUCUAGGAAUAACAUGGAGGUGAGAAAAUGUAUGAUUAACACGCAAAUAGGGUGUGUUGAUAUUUUUGCUUAUUUUUUGAACAUUGAAAAAAAAAUUGUCGAUGUGAAUCUUGGUGAAUCAAAUACUGAGCUCUCCCUCAUAAAACAGAAAGUUUGUGGUGUAAUAAAACCAGAGCGUACAACACACACACACACAAACACCCACUUAAACACAUGCACAAAAAAAUCCCCCAGAAACCACUCAACUUUCCGUAACAUUAAGCAGCGGCGAGCCAGAACACAUCAAUGAUCUGACCCCAGCAGGGACACGUUUCCCCUGAAUGGAGUGAUGGCGUUGUCACGUGGGCGUUUAUGAGAGGAAUCAGGGAUGAGGUAAAUCUCCCGGAUUACAGUGUUUUUCAGAGAUUAAUAGCCCCAGCUAUCCAAUUAAUCCUGGAUAAUCCCCUGUGGCAGGAGGGGGAGAGACGUAGAGGGGUACAAGCUAGCAGCAGAUGUUUUCAUCAGGGUUUCUUUUAGGGUUUAUUUACUCAUUUAUUCAUUCAGAGCGUCUGAGUAAGGGCAAACUUUUGCAUUACUAAUAAUGUUCUUAUAAUUUUGAAGUCAUUGUUUUCUUACAACACAAUCACCAGACAUUGUAAUUCUCUGUUCGUCUUGUCUGCCUACAGUCUGGGCAUUUUGAUGACAAGCUGCUUCUGUUCACAUAAGUUCUAUCACAAUCUCCACCACCUCCUCACCUUCAGGUGGUAUGUCAUAUUUCCGAUCACUGCUUCCUUAGAACUACAACAAAUUCGCACCAACCUCUCAGCAAUGUGUCACCCAAGAUGUUUUCUUGGCUAAUUAUUUGACAGUCUCAUUUGCUAACACAGGAAAGAUAAUGAAACAUUUGAACCAAAUGAAAAUGAAAGUAAGCGAUUGAUUAUGUAUGAGUCAACGCGUCCAGGAGUUAGGUAACAAAGUUAUCUCUGAAAUCAUUAAUCACUGCUCAGGUUUUUUAGGGAUUUUUCAGACUCAACUUCCUGAAUCAUGCAUCAGUUUAGGCUAUGAGCUAUGACAUAGGUUGUAAUGAUGCAAUAUGAGGGUGUGUGUGUUUGGAUGCUGAGGCCUGCAUGGAUGGUGACAGGAUGUGUUUGUGCGGGGCUGUUUCCGGUCGGACCGCUAAGAUGGGGGCGAAUGUUGAAAAAAGAAAACCCUCUUUUAAGACACCCACCAUACAGAGACACACACGUCACAGUCAUCCACCUCAACAGACUCACUUCACUGUGGGUUUAUAUGUGUGUGUUCAAGCCUAAAGUGCAUGUUGAGGCUACAGUAAAUGCAUGCUCAGCGGCUCUACUGACAGCCAUGAUGAACUGUGUACCAAAGUGUGUGAGUGUGUGUGUUUGGACUGCUGUGGAUUGAAAUUGCAGCCUCAGCAGGGAGAGAGCAUGACAGAGUGGGAGUGCUGCUGAGGGACCAGCAGGCAUGUGUGAGGGAGGGGGAGAAGGGAAGUGGGAACAUGAAGAAAGUGGAGUUAGAGGUUUGUGUGGGAGAUGUGUGUGGGAAGGUGAUUUAAAUGUGGGUUAUGAGGAAAUGAAGACAAAGACGUCAGAUUACAUCUUAUAGUAUAAAUAAAUACCACACUGCACAUAAAGUAUACUUUUCUGUGUUUAACAAUGCAUUGGCUGUGCUCUAUCCAGGGGCGGAAAAGAUAUCAACAAUAUCCUAGUGAGUUAGAAUUACUGGUGUUUGACUUUAAUUAGAAUUGAGAGGACUUGUAUUGAAAACUUCUCACAUAAAAAACAAAAAAAGACUACUCUUGUGAUGUACUUAAAGCCCCUUAAACCAGGUAUUUCUCUACAAUUAAAUAUUUACAACUCAAUAAGCAGCAACAAAGUUCAACACUCAAAAAUGAAUCUGCCUUAUAAAGAAUGUGUGGGUAUGGUUGGAUCACACUGACUGACUCACUGUCAUCAACUCAUUUUGAUUUAAAUAUUACUAAAUCCUGACUGGAACACAGAAAUAUGUAACAUCCCAACUGAGUCCCGUCUGUAGAACCAGUAAGAAGAUGACAGACAAAUACACAAAUACAUAAAUUACUCAUGUAAAAUAACAUAAACUGUAGUCACAUAGUUUGAGGAUUCAAGGAUGUUUUAUGAGGCUUAGGUUUAUUAAUUUAUAAAUGGGUUCAUUAUUUACAAUCGAAACAAUGACGCCAUUAAGUUGUUUUUCUCUGAAAGUAUCAUCAGUUCUUCCAGGAAGUCAUGUUAGUUACUAAAGAGCAAAAAUCAAGAAGUGUUGACUUAGAUUUUAACACACAUAAAGGUCACACAAUAUUUCUGUUAUUUAUAGCUCAAUGUUUAUGUUCAUUAGGGAUUACUGUGUUUGUGAUCUUCAUAGACUGAUGAUAAUUCAGAGGAGAGCCACGACGACGCCGAGAAGAAGUAGGGAGGAAAAAAACCACACAAAACUAUGGUGUGAUGAAGAUACUGUGUACAGUAAAUAGACACAGGGAGGUUUUACAUUUCUCUCAGUAACUGAAUACAUUUUCCCAGCACAAAGUGCAAAGACAUCACGUUUUCCCAACUGAGUGCCGCCUGUAGAACUAGUAAGAAGAUGACACAAACACAGAAAUUACUCAUGUAAAAUAACGUAAACUGUUCUAACUUACUGUACCCCGAUACUCAGAGCAAGAAACUGAGAAAAUAUGUUUUCAGGGACUUUAAGGUCACCAAGAAAGAGCCAACACAUCCUGUCUGUAACCUCAACAUCAACAUCCACUCACCCUCCCAUCUGAUUCAUUACUGCCUUACAAAUGCCUUUGUAGUGCGUAGGAUUAAAUAUUUAACAUUAUUAAUGUGAAAAUAAAUUGUCUUUUGGGUUUAAUAGUGAGCUGUGACCAUUUUUCUUUAUUAUAAAGGUUUCUAACAAAUUGCCUUAAACUUAAAUGGAAUAUUUUUCUUAUUUUUGACAGCACAAAAAACAAAACUAAUAAUAAAUCCAUCCCACUAACAAGUAUUGUCUAUAUAGCUCUUAUCUCUUAUCUGUGCCAAAGACCUCUAUUGUGGUCUAUGAACUAUUAAAAAUACAUCGAUGAGCCACGUUGUGAUGAACAAAGGCACUGUAGUUUAUUUUGAGUCAAUCCCACAAUGGAAAUUACUGAGCCUUUUUUUAAAAAAAUUGAAGUAUUCAUUAGUGUCUUGUUUUUAAAGACUACAAUAACACUGUGGUGGUUUUGGUCUGUUCAGGGGAUUUCUUUGAGAAUUGCAUAAAAUAUAAAAUAU